GGGAGGGGAAAGAAACAUUUCAAUUUUCAUCUCUCCUCCGUUUCCAAAUCCUUAAAUCCUCUCUCUCUUCUUCUUUGUUUUUAUUUCUAAUUCAAAUUUCAGUCUGCUUCUCUACACCCACAGAGAGCAAAAGAAAUGUUGAAUCCGGCGAACGAUCUGUUCUCGACGCCGUCGACGCCGUCUUCUCCGACGAAUUCAUUCAUUUCCUCCGAUCUCGACACUGAGUCUACAGGUUCCUUCUUCCAUGACAGGAGCACCAGCUUGGGGACUUUAAUGGGGGUGAGCUUCCCGGCGAUUGCCUUCCGAGUCUCCUCCCAGAGCCGAGACCACCACGCCGCUGCGGCGGCGACAGCUGAUGUUUCCCGCAAGAGCAAAAAGCCAAAGAGAAAAACGACGGCGCCGGGGCUAGUCUCUGAUCGGAAGCGGAAGUGGUGGCAGCUGUGCAGGGACGACGGUGUUAAACCGGCAUCACUGGGCGACUUUCUUGAGGUGGAACGGAGAUUUGGGGAUGCUGCUUUUUACGACAAUGCGGUGGAUCUAGAAGGCGUGGUUACGGCGGAUCAACGGAGGAGUGGCCGGAAUUUGUUCGCCGACGGGAGAGUUCUUCCGCCUGCGCCAACGGAGGAAGAAGCAUCGUCAGCCGCGGCUCUCUGCCGAUUUUCAUUAUCGCUCACCGGAAUUUGCAGCGGCGGUGCCGGCUAAAAUUUGGGAUUUGAUUUGUCCAGUUUAUUUAAAUAUAAUAUAUUACAUUUAAUCAAUCAAAUGGUUUAAUUAUUACUAUGAAGAAUUUUGAAAAAAAAAAAAUGUAACC